CGAGCCGCCCUCCUUAAGGAGGGCGUGUGUGCAGUGCUGGGCUCAGCCGCGUCCGACUCUUUUGCGACCCCGUGGACUGUAGACCGCCAGGCUCCUCUGUCCAUGGAGAAAUUCCCCAGGCAAGGACACUGGAGUGGGUUUUCAUUUCCUUCUCCAGAGGAUUUGCCCGGCCCAUGUCGGGAAGGGUCCCCUUCUGGAACCCGGGUCUCCUGAGUCUCCUGCAUUGCAGGCGGAUUCUAUACCGCCGAGCCACUAGUGGAGAUGUAGAAAUAACCUGGGAAGCCUGGAGACUUUGCUUAUAAAUAGGCGUGAAGUGGCUCCCUCCAGAAUGAACCUGGGGUCCUGACUUUGCACAGCGCUCCAAGUUUAAAGCCCGGGUACCCUCUCAACGUUUGGUAAGAGCAGACCUGGAGGACCCAGGACUGACUGUGCAGACGUUUCCCCGUCCCUGCGAAGCUGUGUCUGGGGACCGAAUUCCCCUGUGAGCGCGCCGGAAGAAACAUGAAGUUCCCCUGGAAAUUAUUCAAGAGGGAGAUGGAAAGGGCUAUCUAAAAGAGACUUGAGAGCCGCAGACCACAAGACUGGGGCCAGAGGGCUGGCAGUGGAAAACCCUGUUGGGUUGCGAUCUCUCACUGAAAAGUCCCAGUUGCCUUUUUACUUCCUGCCGAAGGAAGGGAGAGAAGGAGCAGACCAUGUCCAUAGCCUUGAAGCAGGUGUUCAACAAGGACAAGACCUUCCGGCCCAAGAGGAAAUUUGAACCUGGCACGCAGAGGUUCGAGCUCCACAAGCGGGCUCAGGCCUCCCUCAGCUCGGGCGUGGACCUGAAGGCGGCCGUGCAGCUGCCGAGCGGGGAGGACCAGAACGACUGGGUGGCGGUGCACGUGGUGGACUUCUUCAACCGCAUCAACCUCAUCUACGGCACCAUCUGCGAGUUCUGCACCGAGCGGACCUGCCCCGUGAUGUCAGGGGGCCCCAAAUACGAAUACCGGUGGCAGGAUGACCUCAAGUACAAGAAGCCGACUGCCCUGCCGGCCCCCCAGUACAUGAACCUUCUCAUGGAUUGGAUCGAGGUCCAGAUCAACAAUGAAGACAUCUUUCCAACGUGUGUGGGUGUUCCCUUCCCAAAGAACUUCCUGCAGAUCUGCAAGAAGAUCCUGUGCCGCCUCUUCCGGGUCUUCGUCCACGUCUACAUCCACCACUUCGACCGGGUCAUUGUGAUGGGUGCCGAGGCCCACGUCAACACCUGCUACAAACACUUCUAUUACUUCGUCACGGAGAUGAACCUCAUAGACCGCAAGGAGCUGGAGCCCUUGAAAGAGAUGACGAGCAGGAUGUGUCACUAACGGCCCCAUCUUACCCUCCGGAAGAAAGAGGAAAGCUGUUUUCCUCCUGGCGUCCCAGGCGGGCAGGAGGGAGACUUCCCCGGCUGGAGAGGCGCGCCUACUGCCAGGAACAGGCCCAGCUGGAGACCAGCGGUGACUCCGGAGAGCGGUUCCCGCUCACCUCGUGUCUGUCAACCCUCUGAGUGCUGCUAGCGUGACCUGUGGACCCGCCGGGAGGGAAGGACCGCCCCUCGCCCAUCCUGGAGGAAGGAUGCCCCUGCACUUAACACGCACUGCGCAGUUGUGCAGUUCUGCCGGUGACCUGCCACCUAAGCUUUGCUGAAAUUCAGGUUUUGCGCCCAAGGUCCUUAUCCCUACUUCUCCACUUACCUGUCUCGUCAGCCGUCUGCCUUUUCUGUAACGUGUGUUCCAAAUACCCAGUGAAUUUUGGAACUCUGGAUGCACAACCAGUUUUUCUCUAACAAGCCUUCCUGUGCGGUCUCGGCGGACUUCGGCCCUUGAUGCUUGGUCUCGGCUGGGGGGUCUGACCCCUGCCCGCUCACAGCAUCCGCGCAGUCUCCGCCCCUCGAGCAGUUUUAUCAGGGACCAUUCCACGGGGCGGCUUGUCUCUGCCCCAAACAGGGUCUGCACACUUUCACUGCAGGAAACAGACUGGUCUCCAGCCUAAGGCUGGCUAGUUACCAGUUCACCCUGAACAGAGUAUCUUUCUUUUUUUUUUUUUUUUUAAACCACGCCAUUCCUUGUCUCUUCCGGUCAAGAUUUUUUUUUUCCUGUUUCUCCGAAGAGAGAAAUAAAGGAAGUUAUAAAUGACCAAGAAUGAUCAGCAGAAGCACUGAGCCAGAUUAGCGCGGUGUUUGUUCGUUAUUAAAGGGUGUGGUGGCUGUCUCUACGUAAUACUGAGAUUUCAGUGGGGGAAAAAAAGUACAAUGGGUAAUUUGACGCCUGUAUCUCAGACACCCAGCCCAUUGACUUGUUAUCUUCCCAACAGGCCCUCUGAGCUUCUAGAUCCAGUCUAUGUUUUCUUCCUGUUCCUCCGCAAUCCCCACCUCCUCCACCCAUUACAUUUGACGUUACAAAACAAAGUUAAUUUCUGCCAGGGUGAUGCUCCUGGCAUGGUUGCCAAGGUAACAGGCAAGCUGGAGCCGUCUUCCUUCUUCCAUCCUUGCCAAUGUUUGGAUCCCAGCAGACAGACUCAUUCUGUGCUGCAUCCUGCCUUUUGAAAGCUACCUGACUUUUCGCUGAAGUAAUGUUGCCUUCCCGGAUUCAUUCGCAAAACUGUGGUGGUCCCAAGAGUCUGUAACUAGGGGGUGAUGAUACUUCCGGUGAUCAUUUGAUUUCGACAAAAUAGCAGUUGGUGGAGGGAAGUAGAUGAGAAUGUAUUAGUGAAUUUUAAUGUAAUACUGAUUAAAGAAUAACUUAACAACUCUGACUUUGUCUCAUUACAUGUGACGUGUGAGCCGUCCGGGGCUACCACAAGAGCCUGGAAAGGCAUGAAACCUUUCUUUGGUCUAGACUAAGAAAGGACUGACUCUCUGGGCACUGUGGCAUUCUGUGUUGACCCAACCCAGUAAACCAACCCUUGCUUUGUAUUUUGUCAAAAGCCGUCUCAUGGAAUUCAAAUGCUGCUACCUCUCUUCAUAUUGUUGUGUCCUGAUCAACAAAAAACAUACCAUUUUUUGGUUUUUGUUUGCUUCCUAAGUAACUUUGAGAGGACAAGAUAGAGAUUUUCAAAAAAAAAAAAAAAAAGAUAGAGAUUUUCUCAGCAUCAUUUCUGGUUUAACGGAUCCAGAGAACAGACAAAUGAGUACGUCUUCCUGACCUAUGCGCUAUGCAGUAAGUGCUACACGGGAGUGUUGAGCAGUGGAACAGAGAAAUGACAGCAGGAAGCCCAAUCCCUGGAAGGAACUCUGAAGCUUGGCACCAUGAAAAACCACAGGAGUUUUGCUUGAAAAAACUGACAUUUUGAUAGUGCCUAAUCAAGUAGGAUGCUGGACUCUGAAGACUUUUGUUAUGAAUUCUUUUGAAAUUUAUUUUCUAUUAACUGUGCAUAUGAAAUUUCCACUCAAUUAAAAAAAAUCUGGAUUUUUUUUUUAAACUUCUUGGAACAAUUUCCUCAUGGUUAUAUUGUUCACUGCGCUAAUCAGCACUUCCAGGAAAAGUGCUGGCAAGCCACUCUUAUUUUUUUAAUUAUAGACGGUUCCUAUUCCCACAGAACUUUGUUUGGCAAAUUGUGAAGAAAAUCACUACAGGUGAUUUUUUUUGUCUUUGGCUUGACUCCUGAGAACAUCUCCUGGCAAAUGCGGAUCUGAGCUCCUGUGGCCCUUCAGGCAUCUCCUGCUUUCUGGAUCUGCAGUUGACACCUGGCUUCUUCCUUCUAAUCUGGCUGGCUCCCCCUCAUUUCCCUUAUUUUAAAGUUGAGUAAUACGUGUAUCUAUGAUUUUUUUUUUUUGAGAAAUGUCAAAGUGGGAACUUCAAAAGGAAAAGAUUACAGUGACAUCCAUAUACCCAUAGUUGUCAAUCUCAUCAGUUAAUGGAUUAGAGUCCUUCUUUUAUCUAUGUUUGGGGUGUGUGUGUGUGUGUGCAAGUAUGUGGGUCUUUCAUGGCGCUGACAUUAUUAAAGAGCUCAAGCUGCUUUGAGCUCCAGAAUGUCCCACAAUCUGUAAUUUUUUUCUGAUUGUUUCCUCAUUAUUAGAUUCUGUUAAACAUUUUUAGCCAGAACACGACAUAAGUGGUGUUAUUUCUUUCGUUCUGCAUCGCACCAGGAAGCAUGUAAUGUUCAGUUGUCUCUUUUACUAAGCUUGAUCAGUGGGUUGAGGUGUCAUCUGCCUGAUGCAUUCAUUAUUAAGUUCCAUAAUUCAUCAUAAACCUCUGAAAUUCAAUAUUCACAUAUUUUAUAGUGUGAGACUGCUUUCCUUUCUUAAUAUUCCAAAGAGGUCCAGAAGUUCCAAAAGAUUACAGCCAUUGCAGUUAGAUGUUGUUGCAGUGACAAAGAAUUCUUCUCUUCCUGUGUCACAGGGGGAAGGAGAAGCUAAAAGUUUCCUUCUGCAGGUAAUGCAUGAGUAUGCUGGAUAGUGAGAAUUUGUUGUGGUCCCUGGAGCUAUAGUUAAACUAUAUAUAGCUUUUUUCUGCAAAUCCUCAGUGUCCUCCCAUUGAGGCUGAUGGUUUAUUUUAGAGAGCACGUAUUUUCAUGAAAGGUGAUUGCCCAAGAGUGCAAAAACUUAUUUAGGUGGGGAAGAAAUCUUUGAUAUUACACUGAGUCAUGGCCCUCCCAAGGAAGCACAGUAUGUGCACAGAUAUAAAGUAUGUAUUUAGCAUUAAAAUUUCAUGGGGAUGGGGAAUGAUUAGGAAUAGAAUGUCUAAAAGGGCUCUUUAGGAAGAUGAUUGUGAAAAAACUAGAUUGAGAAAUACUCAUCUGGGGUCAGUUUCUGCUUCUGAAAUUGUUCAUUUUCUCUUCCUGGGGUGUUUGCUCAUUUCUGAGGGCCAGGAUAAGUGGAAGUGACUUUGAGAGACUUUUUUUUAGCUAUUCCUUCUACAACCUUCCAAACCAUAUCAGUUACGUUCCAGGUGAAAUACCAAUUCUCCUCUCAACAGUCUUCGGGCACAGAAAUCCUGCAGCAUCCUCUGGUGUAACCCCUGGAUCAUAUUCCGUGUGAAACCUUUCCAUUCGACUGGCGUUAACUAUUACACUGUCUCUGAGUUUCAGCUCACCUUUUCUAGUGUCCCACAUUAAGAAAGAUCCAAAAACUUUAAAAAGUAAAACAUAAGUAAAAACAUACUAAAUGUGAGCUUUGUUUGCACAUCCACUAAGUAUUUGAAGACUCUUACCAGUUGUCCUUCAGCCUUCCUUGUUUAUCAUCUCGUGUUGGCUGAAUUAUCUCGGAAGUCAUGUUAUGCCACGGCUAACAUUUCUAGACUUCAAUCUGAAGCCUUCCCGAAGCUGUCUAUGGCACUGUGCGUCAUAGAUAUAACCAGCAGUGACCAUGUCAGAAAUCACUGCAUGCUUUCUCCACACUGUACUGUGCCUUUGCUAACUCCGGAUUUGAUUUCAUACGUUCAUAAAUUUUCUAUUACAUUUGCCCAUACUAAAUCCUUAUUUAUAUUCGGCAACACCAUUUUGACCAAUCUUCUUGAAAGUCCUACUGUUAGCAUUCUUUGUAAGAUUACACUGAAUUGUUUUAAUUCCCUUUUUCAUUGGCGAAGUAUUAGGGGACAUGGAUAAUUUCUCUCAUCAUUUGUGGUGAUUAUGUCAUUCUGGUCAUUGCUGGAAACAUCACUUCCUAUGGUCUCUACCCUUAUAUCACUUCCACAUCCCAUGGGUAUCACACUGUGAAUAAAAGAAAUAUCAUAGGAAAAGUACAAGAAACGCGUCCAAAGGAAAAAUCACUGAAAGGAGUCUAAUGUGUCACUUGGAUAAUACUGUGGUCCUUUGGUCUUUUUACUUAUUGGUGAAAUAGGUGAUUCUUGAUGAAAUAGGUGAUUCUCUCCUAGAAUUAGCCAAAUAAAGCAUGUUUGGGAAAUAAUGGUUUUUUUCACUCUGCUUUAAAAAUACAUCAACAAAAAUAUUUUAUAACAAGCUAUUCCCUCUGGGAAUUAUUAAUUCUGGACAAGACUUUUUCAAAGAAUAAAUAAGGAUUUCUGUAACUUUUAGAGGGAACAGUGCAUUUCUAAUCUGACAAUUAAGCUGUUUUACUAGCUUUGAGUGUUCUAAUUUCGAAGUUUUUCAGUAUCUUUUCUAAUUGCAUCAGGAAAAAAGAUUUAGCAUAAUUUUAGUUCCAUUUGUGAUUAAAUUAAGGGUUUGGUUAUAAGAACAAACUAACAGUAAAAAACAAUUAAAAAUGGAAAAUAAAACUAAAGAAUAUUUAUGAAAUUAGUUCUUUGUGAGUUUAAGAAUUCAAAUGUCACAAAUAAAAGACACACAGCCAUGA